AGAAAAUGAAACUAUAUAGAAGGAAUAGACCAAGAAAUAUUGGGAUAAAAACCUAUAAGUAUAACUUCAAAAAGCACUUUGCUAAGACAAUGAAAAAUUUCUCAGAAGAUAGAUCUCAAAUUCCUCCCUCUCCAGUUCUAAAACCGCAAAAUGACCUAAUCUCAAAAGCAACCAAUCAAAAUCUGAAGCCUGAGGACUGCUCUUGGAUUGCAAAAUUUCAAAGAUUAAAAUAGCACCGAUUACUACUCAAAUAGUGAAGAUGGAAGUCCUUUCCUUCCUCCUACUGAAGCAACUACUACUCUAAACAAUCAAGUAACUCUAAAGAAAGCUCCAAGCCGUCGAAUAAUAGUUCCAGGUGGAGCAAUAAAAAAGAAGCUAGCAACCCCAAUUCAGCGUAUUUUAUCUCCUGCUCAGAGAGCGAAGCGUCACAAAGAGUUCACUAGUUUUCCUUCAAACCUUGAGCAAAUGGAGACUAGGCGUAACAGAAAACUGAACACAUUCAAAAUGCCAUCAAGUGUGAGCCGAAAAGUACCAAAAAUAUACCUCAAAGAAGACUUAACCUCCAGUAUUUCUGAGUCUGCUCCAGAGUCGGAGAAGCUAGCCAAGCUUAAGAAUGACAACCUUGCUCUUCAAAGAAAGAAUGCGAAAUUAACAUCAGAAAAUGCCGAAUUGGCUUCAAAAUUAAAGAAGCUUUCUUUGCUACUAAAAGCCAAGAAUCUCAAAUAUGAGGGGAAACAAGAGCCAGGAUCUCCAAUUUCAGAGUUUUGAAACCAUCCUGAAAGGCAUCCCAUCCUUGAAUUGAGACCCUUCGCUGCUGAGAUAGAGCAUCUUCAGGAACUCAUUUCAACCAUGAGUGCUGAUUCCCUUAAAAGGCAAGAAGAAAUGGAUAUGAAAUUUAAAGAUACUUUUAAAAUACUUUUGGAAAAAGACUUAAUGAUUCAGGAACUCGAGGAACGAAAUGAUGAGCUUGAAGCUUACUUUAAUAAACAGAAGAAGGAGUUUAUAGAAGCUAGUGAGUACAACCAUGUGGCAACUCAAAACUCUGCACUUCGGAGUAACAUUAAAAUGUUGGGUUCAAGAAUUGAAGGAUUGGAAAAGGCAAACCAAGAUCUUCUGGUAAAAGCUUUACAACUAAAGGCAAAGUCAGCUUCAGCUGCUCAAGAUACUGAGAUUCAUGUAGCAGACAAAGAUAAGAGAUUGAACUGAAUAGAGGAACGGUCGGAGUCAACAACGUAAUGGAAGAUUAGGCAAUUUUUG